AUGACUGAAACGCCUCUACUGAAUGGUCCUUCCUCAAACCAGAGUCAAAACAAGAGCAACUCAACUGUUUGCCCAGACUUGAAUGACUGGUGGGAAAUCGUGUACUACAUAGUACCCAAGUAUAUCAACAUCAUCUGCAUUAUUGGAAUGCUUGGAAAUGUAUUUGUUCUCUUCACUUAUUCAUUGCACAAGGGCCCCCUGAAGACAGCUGAAAUCUACCUUAUGAACCUAGCUGUUGCUGAUCUUAUCUUCCUCACGUGCCUUCCUCUCUGGGCAGAGAAUAUCAGGAACGAAUUUAACUGGCCAUUUAGCAAUUUCCUUUGUCGUAGCACCAGCACAUCCAUCAGCCUAAACAUGUACACCAGCAUCUACUUGCUAGUGGCAGUCAGCGUGGAUCGUUAUUUGACUUUUGUUCAUACCUUGAACCACCGCAGGAUACGGAGCAAAACUACGGCCAAAGGGAUCUGCUUGCUCACCUGGUUCUUCGGCAUCCUUCUCAGCAUCCCAACCUUUAUGUUUCGGACUGUGAAACACUUUCCCCUGUGGAAUAUUUCAGCAUGCGCUUUAGAGUUCCCCACCCCAUCAUGGGAAACAGCUGAAAACUUGGUAUUCAACAUAGUGGGGUUUGCGUUGCCAUCUACAGCAAUCAUCUUCCUUAAUUUCUCUACCAUUCGCUCCCUGCAAAAACAAAGAAGAGAACGAAGAGCGCUCAGAACAAAUCGUUGCGAGGAGCACAAAGGCACAAAGGCUACCAGGUUGAUCUUUGCAGUGAUACUGAUGUUUCUUUUGUGCUGGACUCCUUACCAUUUUUUUGUAUUCCUUGAUACGUUACACCAGACAGAAGUGAUCAAAGGCUGCUUCUGGGGGGAACUGCUCAACUUUGGGGAGCAGUUUAGUUACACUCUGGCUACCACCAACAGUUGCAUUAACCCUGUCAUUUAUGUCUUUGUUGGGAAAUACUUCAGGCAAAAGGCUUUAGAAGUUUUUUCACAGAUCAUUCCCUGUGGAUUUCCUUUGAGCUGGGUGUCGUUCAAAGAAAAGUCUUCAUAUUUCAACGUGUUUCCAGUCAGGAGCAGUUUAACGGCUCUUCACCUACCCCUUUCAAUCAAUACUGAAAUUUCCAAAGGGAAUUUGAAGCUUGAAGGCAAAACAGGACCAUCUGAAGAGCAUGCCAGCUUAUCUUGCUAUAAAGCUUCUGAUAAAAAUCUCUUUCAUGUGACAAAACUGCUGAUGCACACCGUAGAAGUUAUUGGAGGUGGUGGACAUUUGCCCUUUUGCCGGACAAAUCAUGAAGAGACAGAACGCGUGAUCAGCCUCUAA